AAGGAACAUAUGACUCCCUGCGAUUGGCCGGGUGUAUGGAAGAAACUGGUCUCCAGGGUAUGAGAUCUACCUGAUGUGGGAGCGCAUUCUGAGCCUGCGUCUAGAUCUCAAAGACUCAUGGCAGAGCUGUCGGCGUAGCCUAGAGUAUGCGAUAGCGGGGAAACCCGAGAGACGGGCGCCAUCUUGACCAAACGGAUCCGGGUCGGUACUACGUUUCCCAGAGGCCCCCGCGGGAACAGGUCCACCUCUACACUAGCCUGUGGAACCCUGGGCCUCCCAGGAAGGUGGAGUGCCAGGUGAACGGCCUUGGUCUUGCGAGCUUGACCAGGUUUCUCAGGUGCGUCCCUGAUGGAGUCUCGGGCCUGUCUCUUCUUCUCAAGAGGUCCUCAGAAGAAGGAGGAAUGGCUGUGGACCAAGCCAAAUGCAAGGAAUCAAUGAUAUUCAGGGAUGUGGCCAUAGAUUUCUCUCAGGAGGAGUGGGAAUGCCUGGACCCAGCUCAGAGGGACUUGUACAGAGAUGUAAUGCUGGAGAACUACAGCAAUCUGCUGUCAGUGGGACUUUACAUACCUAAGCCUCAUGUUAUCUCCUUAUUGGAACAAGGGAAAGAGCCCUGGAUGGUUGGCAGAGAACUGACAAGAGGCCUGUGUUCAGAUCUGGAGUCAAUGUGUGAAACCAAGUUAUUAUCUCUAAAGAAGGAAGUUUAUGAAAUAGAAUCAUGCCAGAGGGAGAUAAUGGGACUUACAAAGUAUGGCCUCGAGUAUUCUCAUUAUAGAGAUGUUUUGGAAUAUGGCAGCCACCUUGAAAGACAACUGGGAUAUCAGAAUGAUCAUUUCAGCCAAGAAAUACUUACUCAUGGAUAUAUGCCCACAUAUAUUCAACAGACAUUCUUUACUCUGCAUCAAAUAAUUAAUAAUGAAGAGAAACCUUACGAAUGCAAGAAAUGUGGGAAAGUCUUUAAUCAGAAUUCACAAUUUAUUCAACAUCAAAGAAUUCAUAAUGGUGAAAAAUCUUAUGAAUGUAAGGAGUGUGGGAAAUUCUUUAGCUGUGGCUCACAUGUUACUCGACAUCUGAAAAUUCAUACUGGUGAAAAACCCUUUGAAUGUAAUGAAUGUGGAAAGGCCUUCAGUUGUAGCUCAUACCUUUCUCAACAUCAGAGAAUUCAUACUGGUAAGAAACCCUAUGAAUGUAAGGAAUGUGGGAAAGCCUUUAGUUAUUGCUCAAAUCUUAUUGACCAUCAGAGAAUUCACACUGGUGAAAAACCCUAUGAAUGUAAAGUAUGUAGGAAAGCUUUUACUAAGAGCUCACAACUUUUUCAACAUGCAAGAAUUCAUACAGGUGAGAAACCCUAUGAAUGUAAGGAAUGUGGCAAAGCUUUUACUCAGAGCUCAAAGCUUGUUCAGCAUCAGAGAAUUCAUACUGGUGAAAAACCCUAUGAGUGUAAGGAAUGUGGCAAAGCCUUCAGUAGUGGCUCAGCACUUACUAAUCAUCAGAGAAUCCACACUGGGGAAAAACCCUAUAAUUGUAAGGAAUGUGGCAAGGCUUUUACUCAGAGCUCACAACUUAGACAACAUCAGAGAAUUCAUGCUGGUGAGAAACCUUUUGAAUGUCUUGAAUGUGGGAAAGCCUUUACUCAGAACUCACAACUUUUUCAACAUCAGAGAAUUCAUACAGAUGAAAAACCUUAUGAAUGUAAUGAAUGUGGAAAGGCUUUUAAUAAAUGCUCAAACCUUACUCGACAUUUGAGAAUUCAUACUGGUGAAAAGCCCUAUAACUGUAGGGAAUGUGGGAAGGCAUUUAGUAGUGGGUCAGAUCUCAUUCGUCAUCAGGGAAUUCAUACUGAUGAAUAAUAAAAGUUAAAGCUCUUCCUAAUAUUUUAAACAACAAAUAAUGUUAGAAAGUUACCAUCUUUCACUAUUUGUUUUCAUUCAUAUAAAUGCCAAUUUUCAUAAUUACCAUAUAUAUAUAUAUAUAUAUAGAGAGAGAGAGAGAGAGAGAGAGCCUAUAUUGACAUUUAUCCAUGCUUCCCCAAUAUUGUACUAAUGGCAGAUGUUCAGUAAUUCUUUUCUUUCCCAUUAUUUUGUCCUACCUUCUUGGUGUUAAUGUUAUAUUAUUCUUUAUAUUUGCUUGUGUUUCAGAGCUAUUUUUUUCUGUUCUGAUUUAUAUAUUUGUGCUUAAAUUAUGUGAUCUUGUAUUUUUAAUUCCUGUAGAAAUUUAACUUGCUUUUGAAAUCAGUGUUAAUAUUUUUGUCUCAGAAAUUUAUAUUUUCUUAAAAAAACCAGAAACCAAAAAGCAAAUAUUAAUUGUAAUCAGAGUAACUAUAGAUGACUACUCUCAAGUUGGUAGAGUACAUCCCACCAUACUUUGUCUUUAAAGAAAGUGUAGUCAUGGUAUGCAUAUUGUAUCUUCACCUGCUCUUAACAUGCCAAAAAAUAUGAUUGCCAUUUCAGCAAAUGUAGAUUUUUUAUUUUUACUGACUUAUACUCAAUGACUUUUUUAAAUGGCUUUAUUAUUCAUGUUAUGGUUGCAUCUAAAUGUUCACAUGCCCUGAGUAGUAUGACCCAAAAUUUAUCUUUGGAUUUGUGUUUUUCUUUUAAAAAAAUGUAUUUUAAUUGCUGAAAUUAUCCACAUCUUUUCCUUAUAAACUUUUAUGUUCCUUUUCAUUAGCCCUAAUCCCAAUCUCAUAC